AUGCGCUCUCCACACCUUCAAUACCUUCACAAAUGCCUCAACCUCGCCGAACAAGCCCCUUCGCUCCCCACAAACUUCCGUGUCGGCGCUCUCCUCGUCUCCCGCGAAGACGGCGACAUUAUGACCGCACAGGAUGAGACCCUCGCAACAGGCUACACAAUGGAACUACCGGGUAAUACCCACGCGGAACAGUGCCUUCUAUCAAAAUACGCCUCCACGCACUCAGUCCCAGACGAGCGCGUGUCAGAAGUCCUCCCCGACACACCAGGCCGAAAACUAGUCCUCUACGUAACGAUGGAGCCGUGCGGGAAGCGCCUAUCGGGAAACCUACCUUGCGUACAGCGGAUUAUACAAACGAGACAAAAUGGGCGCAGGGGGAUCGAGAAGGUCUAUUUCGGGGUAAAGGAGCCGACCACGUUUGUGGGGGAGUCGGAGGGGUGUAGGAUGUUGACGGAGGCGGGGAUCGAGUGGAGGGUUGUGCAGGGGCUCGAGAAGGAGAUUCUGGCUGUUGCGACGGCGGGGCAUGAGAACUCGGAGGCGGAGGUGAAAGAAGCGCUGAGCAAGGUGGAAACGAACCUAGACGAUAUUAGCGAGGACGAAGCGCAGAGGCAGGAUCUGCUGAAGCGGAAUCCGAAGAAGAGGGUGAUGGAAGGGACAGUCCCGCGGUAG